AUGCUGCGUGAGGGUGGUCCUCCUGACCGCAGCGAGGAUUUAUCAUUCCUUUUUUUUUUUCUUUCAUGGGAAGGAUUAUCAUUUACUCAUCACCUAUUUCCUGGUUUAAUUAAUGAGAUUUCAUAUACAAAGAGAAUAUAUUCUCUAAACUGAAUUCAUCGCUGGAGACAGAUGGAAUCCUUUGUAUGCAGAACAUAUUCAACGCUCAUGGCCACUCACUCGUUCAUUUCUCCAAUCCAUACAAAAAUUCCUCUUUCCAAAUUCACAAACAAACCAGUUUGUUUGCCUCUCAUAAAUUCUCCUGCUUCAAUUGUCAUACAUAAACCCUCAUCGUUUUCCAUCCGAGCCACCCUCUCUCCUGGCUCUGCUACUUCAAUCCAAGUAGAUGAACCCACAAUCUCCAGCAAAACGUCCAAAGCUCUGCCCUUUCGUGUGGGACAUGGUUUCGACCUUCAUCGGUUGGAGCCUGGUUACCCUUUGAUCAUUGGUGGGAUUGAUAUUCCUCAUGACAGAGGCUGUGAGGCUCACUCUGAUGGGGAUGUAUUGCUUCAUUGUGUAGUUGAUGCAAUAUUGGGUGCUUUGGGGCUUCCUGAUAUUGGACAGAUAUUCCCUGAUUCUGACCCCAAGUGGAAAGGGGCUCCGUCUUCAGUUUUCAUCAAAGAAGCUGUAAGACUAAUGCAUGAGGCAGGUUAUGAGAUUGGAAACUUGGAUGCCACCUUAAUUCUUCAAAGACCAAAACUCAGCCCUCACAAAGAAGCUAUCAGGGCCAACUUGUCUGUGCUGCUGGGAGCUGACCCCUCCAUUGUAAAUCUCAAGGCAAAGACUCACGAGAAGGUCGACAGCCUCGGAGAAAAUCGAAGCAUUGCAGCUCACACAGUAAUCCUCUUGAUGAGAAAGUAAUAACUUCACCUUGGAUGAGAUGAUUCUCUUGGCAUGUUCCACAUUUUAAGCAAUUGUUUAGAUUGGAAUAUCAAAAUUGAAAUUGAGUUCCGGCUGCCAAUUGCUUCCAAAUUGAUCUCCGAGUGUCAAGGAGUUGAAUCAAGAUUAAAAAUAUAUAUGUUCUACCAAUAUUCAAAUAAAGUGCAAAGUGCAAACCAGAUUUCUUACUUUCCUGUUAAUUUCCUUCUGCAACAUUGGACUGGGACUGGUCUGCCUUCACGUUUUUAAAUGUAUGCAAUUCGUCCUUUGUUCUUUGAACCUGAACCAUUCCGAGCUUCCCAUAUAAUAUAACCAUGAGGUAAAU